AUGCAACAAUAUCAAGGUGGAAAUUUUUCCCACACUGAUUUUUUUUUUACUGGAUUUUAUGGACUUGAAGACCAGCGAUGGCUCCUGUUCUUCCCUUUCGUACUGAUGUUCAUGUUGUCUACAUUUGCUAAUUCAGUUCUAAUAUUUGUUAUUAAAACACAGAGGAGUUUACACUCUCCAAUGUGUGUUUUGAUAGGUGCCAUGGCAUGUGUAGACCUGGGUAUGCCAACAGUUUUCAUCCCUAAAAUGCUGUUAGGCUUCCUAUUUAACUGGGAUAGUAUUUCUCUACUGGGAUGUCUGGUCCAAAUGUUUUUCAUUCAUUUUGUUGGCUCGUUCCAAACAUCCAUUCUCCUUUGCAUGGCUCUGGAUCGGUAUGCUGCCAUAUGCAUUCCUCUGCGCUAUAACGACUACAUGAACAUUCCUAAUUCUAUUAAAUUUAUUGUGGCAACUGUUGUCAGGAACGGCAUAUUUGUUGUGAUUGUUGUCAUUCUUGCUGGUAAUCUCCCUUACUGCUCCUCAAAUCUCAUUGAUCACUGUUUCUGUGAACACAUGGCCCUGGUAAGUUUGGCCUGUGGAAGCACAGUAUUAAAUAGUGUUUUUGGGCUGGUAGCAGUUUUCUGCAUAAUAAGUGUUGACUGUAUUUGUAUUGUUGUUUCAUAUGUCAAAAUUUUCUACUCUGUAUUUAAAUCAGGAAAGUCUUCAAGAAAAGCAAUCCAUACUUGUACUACUCAUAUAAUCGUUAUGUGUGUAACUUAUACUUGUACCAUGACAGCAUUCCUGUCUUACAGGAUCAGGAAUUCACUCUCUCCCAAUGUACGUGUCCUGAUCAGUAUAAUGUAUAUGUUUCUUCCCUGUUGUUUCAAUCCAUUUAUUUAUGGCAUCAGAACAAAAGAGAUAAGAGAACAGCUGUUGAAAUUGUUUCAAAGUCCAAAAAUUAUUCAUUCCUCUGUAACAGUGUCAAGUGUAAUAAGUAAAUAA